GCAAGUGUGGGGGAGGAGCCCGCGAGCGUCCUUUGCGCAGGGCCGCUGUGGGGUGAAUCGGGCCGCAGUGGACAGAUGGCGGUGCGUCGUGCCUUUCUUUCUGGCUAGCGGCCUCAGCCAGGGGUGAUCUGUUCAGCCGCCUACCGCAUCCCAUGAGGACCCCCGUUCCUGCAGGAACACCUACACUGUGCAGAGGGGAAUGGCCCGCAGCAGCACUAACAGCCCAUCUCUGAGAGAAGACAGGGGAAACUUUCCAAGUCGUCAUGUCUUCUAGCUCAAGGCACAGGAAGAGGCCCAGGUGAUCUGCUCAGUCUCCUUGCCACAUCUUUUGAGGACCCCGGGCCUCAUGGCAGCAGAUGCACAGUCAGGAGGGGCAUGGCCUGCAACAGCACCAGCAGCUCAUCCCAGAGAAGAUGGGUGACUCCAAGACAGCAUCUCAUCUAGCUCAAGGACACAGGAGCAGGCCUGGAUAGGAAGCUGGACAUUGCGGGAGCAGCACGAAGGCCACAUCAGGAAGAAUCUAUUCAUGCUGUGACUGCAGCAGAGGCCCUGCGGUGUCAGCAGCCACAUGGGGCAAUUGUUCAUUCUGCCUGGUAGAAGAGGCUUCUCAACGAGGUGGGAGUCCAAGUAAGAGGCAGCCUAUCCUAGAGAGGGGCCAGGGGAUACUUCCCAAGCCAGCAUCUCAUCCAGCUCAAGGAAGCUGGAGUUGGCCUGGGAAGAAUCUAUUCAUGCUGUGACCGCCGCAGAGGCCCUGUGGUGUCAGCAGCCCUCAGGAAGGAGACAGUGCUGAGCUCAUCCCAGAGAGAAGAUGGGUGACUUCCCAAGCCAGUGUCUCUUCCAGGUCAAGGACACAGGAGCAGGCCUGGAUAGGAAGCUGGACAUUGCGGGAGCAGCACGAAGGCCACAUCAGGAAAGUGUAUUCAUGCCACAACAGAAACAGAGGUCCUGCGGUGUCAGCAGCCCUCAGGAAGGAGACAGUGCCGAGCCCAUCCCGAGAGAGGACAGUGGAGACUUCCCUAGCCGGCAUCUCAUCCUGCUCAAAGACACAGAAGCUGGCCUGGGUAGGAAGCAGGCAUGCCUAUCCCAGAGAGAAGACAGUGGAGACUCCCCAAACCAGCAUCUCAUCCCACUCAAAAACACAGAAGCUGGCCUGGCCCAUCCCAGAGAGAGGACACUGGAGACUUCCCUAACCGGCAUCUCAUCUCGCUCAAAGACACAGAAGCUGGCCUCGUCCAUCCCAAGAGAGGACAGUGGAGACUUCCCUAACCGGCAUCUCAUCCUGCUCAAAGACACAGAAGCUGGCCUGGCCCACCGCACAGAGAGGACCGUGGAGGCUUCCCAAACCGGCAUCUCAUCCUGUUCAAAGACACGGGAGCUGGCCUGGCCCAUCCUGGAGAAAAGACAGUGGAGACUUCCCAAACUGGCAUCUUAUCCCGCUCAAACCCCAUUUCAACACACAGGAGCUGGCCUGGGUGACCUGAUCAGCAUGGCAGCCAUCCCAGGAAGACCCCGGUCCCCACAGGAGCACAGAUGCAGUCCAGCGGGAACAGCGGUCAUCAGUGUGACAGGUGACCUGAUCAGCGUGGCGGCCAUCCCAGGAGGACCCCGGUCCCCGCAGGAGCACAGAUGCAGUCCAGCGGGAACAGCAGUCAUCAGUGUGACAGGUGACCUGAUCAGCAUGGCGGCCAUCCCAGGAGGACCCCGGUCCCCGCAGGAGCACAGAUGCAGUCCAGCGGGAACAGCGGUCAUCAGUGUGACCGGAAGAAUCUAUUCAUGCUGUGACCGCAGCAGAGGCCCUGCGGUGUCAGCAGCCCUCAGGAAGGAGACAGUGCUGAGUUUCUCCCAUAUCCAUGUUGGAGAAACCACUAUGGACAGAUUUCUCCUAAUUAAGAUGCAUCACCCAUCAGGCAUGUCUGCCAAGGCCAGGAGCAAGGUGCAUUCUCCUAGGACACAACCCUUCCUUGGAAACCACAACACGCCCAAAGACCAAGUGUGGAGAGCGCAGGCACGUGGUGCGACAUGGAUUAACCUUGACGACAUGAUGGCAUGUUCAAGAAACUAGACACGGAAGACUGCACCUGCAGGGUCCGUUCACACGAAGUGUCCAGAAGAGCUCAGGUGAACCAGUAGCUGCCAGGGUUGGCAGGGGGAAAUGAGGAAUGACUGCUAAGGGACAUGGCCUUCAUGGAGCCAAUGGAAGUUCUAAAAUUGAUUGUGGUAAUGCAUGCACAAUCUCGUGAAUCUGCUAAAAACUGGUGAAUUGUAUGCUUUAAAAUGAUGAAUGCCACGACACUGAAUUCUAUAUCCACAAUAAAAAUAAACCAGUACAUUCAUUUAGGAAUAUUUAGGUGGAAUGGGAAAUUCCAUAAUGUGGAGGCCUCGAGGUGAGAAUUCUGCAACUUACAGAUCAAUCUUCCAUCAAAAGUGUGUGAAACCAAUCCUGUGAGUUCACAGAGCCCAGAGUAUGUAUCACAAAUAUUCUUGCUGCAA